AUGAAACUAAAUUCCAAUACGCUUGUUGUUUUGAUUUUAUGUACAGUGUUUGUUAUACCUGAAUGCUCUCCACAAUUGAAGCCUGUGAUUGGUCAGAAGUUCCAAUCCCUAGAUUUUGCGUUUGCGUUUUAUGAUGUUUAUGCCCGCGCUGUUGGGUUUGAUACCCGCAAACAAGGAAUGAGGAAGGCGUCGGAUGGUGUUACUACUUGGUAUUAUGUGGUAUGCAAUAGGGAGGGCUGCAAGAGGUCGAACGAGGAAGAUGAUGUGAAUGCACGCUCUGGUUUUACUCUUAAACGCAGGCGGCUUUCCAAGCGUUGUGGUUGUAAAGCUUGUAUAUCCUUCAAGUACUUUUCCGAAUCAGGAAUACCGAGAUAUAUUAUUCACGAGUUCAACGAGGUUCACAACCAUUGUAUGGUGGAGUCGGAGCAUCAGCAGUUUAUGACACUUAACCGGAAGUUGGAUGACGUACAUCACAAAUUCAUUCUUGACUGUUCCAAGGCUAAUAUAGGCCCCACACUUACCUUUAAGGUAUUGAAGGAAAUCCUCGGUGGGUUUGACCUUGUCGGUUGCAAUGUUGGGGAUAUCAGGAACACAUCUCGUGACAUCAAAGCAUUCGCACACGGUUGUGACGUGCAAAUGGUGUUGGACGACAUGGCGAAGAAGAAGGAGUUGUCGGACGCCUUCACAUAUCACUACGAAGUUAAUGAUGCUAACCAGUUGGUUGCCCUUUUUUGGUGUGAUGGUUUGAUGAAGAGGAACUACCAUAUGUUUGGUGACAUAGUGGCGUUUGACUCCACUUACAACACAAACAGGUACUGCAUGAUCUUCACACCUUUCACGGGGAAGGACAAUCAUGGUAAACCCGUAACAUUUGCUGCUGGAUUGGUCUGCAACGAGAAAACAGGGGCCUUUGCCUGGUUGUUCAAACAUUUUGUCGAAUGCAUGGGUGUAGCCCCCAAAAUGAUUGUGACCGAUCAAGACUUAGGCAUGAAAUCAGCUAUUCAAGAGGUUCUUGUUGGAACUCGACACCGAUGGUGUAUGUGGCAUAUAAUGCACAAGUUGGCUUCCAAGGUUCCAGGCAGGUUGCUUAGGGACGAAGAUUUCAAGAAAGAAUUCAAUGCAUGCGUUUGGUCGGACUUGCUUGAACCCGACGAAUUUGAAGAGGAGUGGAAUGGAGUGAUUGAGCGUUAUGAGCUGGAAGACGUUGAUUGGUUGAACACAUUGUACGAGUAUAGACAGAUGUGGAUACCGGCCUACUUCAGAGAUUUCCCACUCGGUUCGAUGAUUAGGACUACGUCCAUAUCAGAAUCCGAAAAUAGUUUCUACAAAAAUUUUAUGAAGCCCCGAGCGAACCUUGCCGAAUUAUACUUGUAUUUCAACAAUGCUCUGGACUUUCAGCGGAAUGCUAGAACAAAGCUGGACUACAACGAUGCUACUUCCGUGCCCAUACUGGCCACUAAGUUGGGUUUCGAGAAACAUGCUGCGACGCUUUAUACAGACAGUAUGUUCAGGAAGAUAUAA